AUGCAUGUUGUGGACCCGACUCGAUUUCCUUUGGCCGCCAAUGCACAAUAUAAACCACAUCCGCAUACGCUUACAGAUGCCAAAGCCUUUUACUCCCAGUAUGGCAUUGAGAAUAUGGUGCUCGUGCAACCGUCAAUCUACGGAGACGACAAUUCGUGUAUGUUGGAAGCACUCGAGGAAUUGACGCCCAAGCAUGGACGCGCCGUGGUCGGCUUGAAUCCUGAGACCAUCAACACAAAGACGCUGGAGAAGUGGCACGCCCUUGGCGUGCGAGGAGCCAGGCUGAAUCUCGUCAGUGUCUCGAGGGAAAUCACCGACGAUGAAUUGCGUGCGGAACUGAAGAGCUAUGCGAGGGUUCUAAGGCCUUUCAAUUGGGUUCUUCAACUCUACAUCCCAUUGAAAUUGGCAUUACCACUCUUAAACAUCGUGCCAGAUCUAGGGAUCAGAAUCUGUGUUGAUCAUUUCGGAUCGCCUGUGCUUCCUGAACGAUUCGAUCCAUCAACCCCCGUUUAUCCAUACGACAUGCGAGGCUUCGCGUCCCUGGUGAAUCUGCUCCAGGACGGUAGGACGUGGGUGAAGCUCUCAGCACCAUAUCGACUUUCGAAAGACCCAGGGAUGAGAGAUUUGGAUCCCAUUGGCAGGGAGUUGGUCAUCAAAGGUGCGGAUCGUGUUGUCUAUGCAACCGACUGGCCGCAUACGAGGUUUGAGAAUAUCAACUCAGAACCAUUCAUCGAGAAAUGCUACGAAUGGUGCAACGGCGACGCUAAAUUAGUCGAGAAGAUCUUUCGAACCAAUGCUGAGAAGCUAUGGGACGCAUCCUCGGAUAUAUAG